UCACGCUUUGCAUGUGCCGUCCCCUCUGCAAGCAGAGCUAGCUCUGCACGCGCCCACGUGAAUACAUAGAAAAUAAUACCUCUCACGCUCCGGACAAUGCAGCAAAAGCCAGGGCAGAAGAAGUUCCAGAAUUGCUCGUAGCACCACCCCGCGUCCACACACACGACACCUUUCACAUCAACGUCGAAACGAAGAACAAGGUUUUUGCAUUUCCGCAACAUGGCAGACACGAACGGCGAGGCGAAUGGCGAGGCGAAUGGCACGCAUGAUGCAGCCGCUGUGCCAUCGAAAGGAAGCCCUCCACGUAGUAGGUCGGGGUGGGAUGGUAAACUUCGUGUGAACAAGCAAGCAACACUUGUGAACCCGGAGGCACUUGAGGAUGCAGAUUACUCGGACGAGGAUGCACCGCCGGUGGACCAGAUUGAGGCAGACGAAGACCUACUUGAUGACGAGGAUCCCAAUACUGAGGAGAUCGACGUCCAGCACUCCCGCAUCGUGUCCAUCCCUGCGCUCCGCCUCGAACGCUUCCCACGACUACGGCGGUUAUGCCUACGACAGAACAGCAUACAGCAUAUCAAACUGCCGGACGAACUGGCAUCCACAUUGCAAGAAUUGGAGCUAUACGAUAAUCUAAUCAAACACAUCGACGGCCUUGAAACCUUCACGGAACUCAAAAGCCUCGAUCUCAGUUACAACAAGCUCAAGCACAUCAAAAACAUCUCCACCCUGCGACACCUGGAUCACCUAUACUUCGUACAAAACCGCCUCACUCAGAUCGAGAACCUUGUCGACCUUACCGAGCUGGUCUACCUCGAGCUAGGCGCGAACCGCAUUCGCGAGAUCGAGGGUCUCGACACACUGAAGAAGCUCGAGCAUCUCUGGUUAGGACAAAACCGGAUAGCCGAGCUCAAGAACCUUUCUAGCUUGACCAGCCUCCGCACUCUCAGCAUCCAAGCAAACCGGCUCACUUCACUCUCAGGCCUCCAGGACCUGCCCCAGCUGACCGAGCUCUACGUCUCCGACAACCAGAUCUCUUCGCUCGAGCCUCUCCAGCAUAAUCCGAAGCUGGAGAUCCUCGACUUCCAGACUAACCCAAUCACAUCACUCGCGGGUAUCGAAGGGCUGAGGGACCUUGAAAACCUGUGGGCAAGCAAUUGCCAGAUUGCUGAUUUCCGAGAGAUUGAGAGGGUGUUGCGGGACAAGGAGAAGCUGGAAGAGGUGUACUUCGAAGGCAACCCAGUUCAACGGCAGAACGCGGUGUUAUACCGUAACAAGGUGCGGCUGGCGCUGCCGCAAGUCCUUAAGAUCGAUGCCAGUAAGUGUUCCUAGGGGAGAGUGUUCUCUGCUCAGCGUACUGAUGGCAUCUAGCAUACGUCAAGGCGAUGUAAAGCGCCCGCGAUAGUAUUAUGCUUGCUGAAGCGUUCGUUGCGAGGUGUUGUGGAGCGGUGCCU